ACGCGGAGUCUGUCACACCUGUCACACCUGUCACGCGCAGCGUCGAAGCGGCUACAGAGGGCGUGAGCUUCCCUCAGCUUCCCUCAGGAACAGGUGAGGAGACUGCGGACUAUUUCAGAGUAAAAAGUGUUACUGUAGAAACCCCCAUCCCCCUCACUUAAAGUGUUGGAAAGAAAUGCUGUAAAGAUAAGAUCCCCUCAGAAAUUAUCCAAUUAAAUGUUUCUCCGUUUAAAAAAUAUUAUAAAAUCGCAGUAAACGCUAACUUGUCACGUCCCGAGACGUAGGGGAGUUGAGUACGGAAGCAGGUGCAGGAAAACACGUAUUUAUUAAAAGAGACAAAGGCAGACAAAUCCAAACCGUAAUCCAAAAACGUAGUCAAGACAGGCAAAGGGUCGGGAGAUCGGCAAACAGGCAUAAACGGGGCAAAGCAGGAAUCAGAGUCGCGGUCACAGAAGACAAGGUCAAGACACAAAAUAAGAAACAUGAACUAUGACUAUGAACUGGGAGCGGAAAAACCAGCGUGGACUAAAUGAAUUAAUCUAACGUCAAACUAACUAUUUAACUAUAUCUAUCAAGGAACAUUAAACUAAUCUAAUGUAAUACUCCGCGCCGUGUACUGGGAGGCGUGCGGUAUAUAAGCAAAUAUAAUCAUCGUUAAGUGUUGACGGGUGACACCGAUCUAGACACACGCUCGAACAACAGCCAAUGACAGAACAGGGAGGAGACAGAACAGAAACAUAACAAAUGCACGUGUUCAUGGUAAACAAUGUCAUGGUUGUCAACAUUCGAAGAGCAGGCGCUUGCGCAUCUUGCUCGUGCACGCACGCGCCCUCAUGCUCUCCAGUGCGCUGCCUAAAGGGGAAACCGUGACACAACCCCCCCAAGGUCGCUCCUCCCGGAGCGCCAUGAACAUCCAUCUCCAUUGGCGGUCACGGCCCCCUGGCCAAAAUGUCCCCAGCUGAAGCAGGAGAAUGUGCGCCGUGCUCAGCGGAACAAAAAAGCAGAUCGGCGUGCUCAGCGGAACAAAAAAGCGGAUCGGCGUCCUCAGCGGAACAAAAAAGCGGAUCGACGUCCUCAGCGGAACAGAACAGCGGGGCGACGUCCUCAGCGGAGCAGGAGAGCAGCGCGACGUCCUCAGCGGAGCAGGAGAGCAGCGCGACGUCCUCAGCGGAGCAGGAGAGCAGAGCGACGUCCUCAGCGGAGCAGGAGAGCAGCGCGACGUCCUCAGCGGAGCAGGAGAGCAGCGCGACGUCCUCAGCGGAGCAGGAGAGCAACGCGACGUCCUCAGCGGAGCAGGAGAGCAGAGCGACGUCCUCAGCGGAGCAGGAGAGCAGAGCGACGUCCUCAGCGGAGCAGGAGAGCAACGCGACGUCCUCAUCGGAGCAGGAGAGCGGAGCGACGUCCUCAUCGGAGCAGGAGAGCGGAGCGACGUCCUCAUCGGAGCAGGAGAGCGACGCGACGUCCUCAUCGGAGCAGGAGAGCGACGCGACGUCCUCAUCGGAGCAGGAGAGCGGCGCGACGUCCUCAUCGGAACAGGAGAGCGGAGCGACGUCCUCAUCGGAACAGGAAAGCGGAGCGACGUCCUCAGCAAGGCAGGUAAGCGGAGCGACGUCCUCAGCGGAGCAGGUAAGCAGAGCGACGUCCUCAGCGGAGCAGGUAAGCAGAGCGACGUCCUCAGCGGAGCAGGAAAGCAGAGCGACGUCCUCAUCGGAACAGGAAAGCAGAGUGACGUCCUCAGCAAGGCAGGUAAGCAGAGCGACAUCCUCAGCAAGGCAGGUAAGCAGAGCGACGUCCUCAGCAGAGCAGGUAAGCAGAGCGACGUCCUCAGCGGAGCAGGUAAGCAGAGCAACGUCCUCAGCGGAGCAGGAAAGCAGAGCGACGUCCUCAGCGGAGCAGGAAAGCAGAGCGACGUCCUUAGCGGAGCAGGAAAGCAGAGCGACGUCCUCAGCGGAGCAGGAAAGCAGAGAGACGUUCUCAGUGGACUCUACAGGCUGAACUUGGUUGGCUGUGUCAGCAGAUUAGGGCAUGAGCAGGACUUGGUUGGUCGUAUCUACAGACUCUGGCAUGAGCAUAACUUGGUUGGUCAUGUCAGCAGACUUGGACGUGAGCAGAGCUUGGUUGUCCGUGUCAACAGACUCAGUUGUGAGCAGAACUUGGUUAUCUGUGUCAACAGACUCGGUCAUGAGCAGAACUUGGUUAUCCGUGUCAACAGACUCAGUUGUGAGGGGAACUUGGUCGUCCAUGUCGUCGGUGUCAAGCGUGACCAGAACCUGGUGGUCUGUAUCAGCAGACUCCGGUGUGAUCAGAGCUUGAUUGUUCACUUGAUUGUUGAUCAUUUUAUUGUUGGAGAAGUAAUGUUUUGUACCGACUCAGUAACGCAGGAAACGUAAAAUAAACUAGAAUGAUCUAGAUGUAGAUCAAUAAUCUAGAUCAAUCUAGAACAAAAUCUCUACCAACAGAAAAUAGUUUGCUUAAGAUUUCUACUCAGUACUGUAAGCCUCUAUUCUGCUCACUGUUUUAACUAGAAUUGUAGUUUAUAAUCAUUUUUAUUUAACUUAAUUUAAAGUGUUUUUCCCCCACAAGAUGAUUAUAACACAGCAAACUACAAAAAUAGAAAAGGCUACAUCAAGAAGCCCAUGAACGCCUACAUGGUUUGGGUGAGGACACAGUGGUCUAUCUUGUGCAAGGCCAACCCGAAUGCCAGCUUUGCAGAGAUCGGCAUGCU